AUGGAAAACCAAUCAAUGUUGGUGGAAGCUUUAACAGAUAAAACAAAGAAACUCAGAUGUACGGGUAAAGCUGUGAAGUUAAAAGCUAGUGAAAAGGCUGUUGAAGAACUUUUCAAUACUGGCCUGGUAGGAAAGCUCCUAGCAGACAGAAACAUCAACAAAAAUGCAGUGAAGGCUAUUAUUCUGAAAGCAUGGAGGACCUCCAAGGGCGUGCAGAUUGUAGAUCUAAAGGAAAAUAUUUUUGUGUUCAAGUUUGCAUGUGAAGGUGAUAAAAAGAGGAUUUUAGAGCUGGGGCCUUGGAAUAUUGAAGGGUUUCCUCUUAUCCUCAAACAAUGGCACCAGAAUAUGUCAGUUGAUGAUUUGGAUUUUUCAAGUAUCCCUUUAUGGGUUCAAAUACACGGUCUCCCCAUUGAGUAUAUGUCGAAGGAAAAUGCUGAGGAGAUUGGUGCUCUAGUGGGAGAAGUGUUAGAGGUGGAUUUUACUGGUAGUGGGGGUGUGUGUAUGAGCAAAUUUUUAAGGGUGAAGGUUGAGAUUAAGGUGGAGGAUCCUCUGCUGAGUGGUUUUUUCCUGGACAGAAACACACAACCGAAUUUGUGGAUUCGGUUUAAAUAUGAAAGAAUAGCAGAAUUUUGUUUCAAAUGUGGAAGGUUGGGUCAUUUAAAAGCAAGAUGCAUUUGGGCAGAUGCAGAGGUGCAACCAAAUUCCAAGGAACCAUUUGGAUUAGGGCCAUGGAUGAAGGCUGAAGCAGCUAGUUAUAGAGCUUCACGGUGGGUGGAGUUCAUAGCUGAUAAUAAUCAAGCUUGUGAAGAAGUAGAUGUGGGAAGGAAGGAGUCAGUUUCCCAGGAACAAGAAGAGAGUAGAAUUCACGCGCUGCAAGUUGGGGGAACCAAGGAAACUCAGGCAGUGAGUUCGAGGCACAAUCUGGCAAGUUCUGAAAUUAUGUCUGAUCCUGUCAUUUCAAAAUACAUCUCUCUUAGCAAAGUCCCUAACUAUCCCACCCCAUCCCAACUAAAUACUCAAACAAAUAGCUCUGAAACCACAAAUUUAAUCCCACUUUUCCCCAUGGAAACGGACUGUACAGUUACAACAAAUCCAGCCAUAUCAUCUCAACCAAUGUCCAGUAAAGAUACUGAAAGCUCUAGAAUACAAAGAGAAUUAAACCCUUCCAAAGAAUAUCAACCUUUAUUGGCUGACCCGGGUCUUAGUGAUCCUUCUGUGCUUAUUGGGCUUUCUAAGGCCCAAAAUGAUGUGCUUUCAUGGACUGCAUACUUUAAUGAAGGAGAGAAAUCAGCUCUUGAGUCAGCCAAGGCCCAAAGUAACAAGGAGAUAAGUCAAAUAGAGGUACUUAAUCGUGGGAAAAGGAAAUUGGAGGAAGUAGGGAGCCCAGUUAACUUGAGAGCUCUUAAACUGACCAAAGUGGGAUCCGGCCUUCUCAAAUUAGAGCCACAGUCCAAAGUUUUUAAUCAAACAAGCCAAAACAAGUCCACGGGGAGGGCAAAGAGGUAA